GGGGUGGGGGGGAGGCACGAGCAUCUGACCGAGCUCCUCAUCUGCCUCUGCAGUUUCUUUUGUACUCUCACUCUUCCGUCUCUUACCUUGAGGCGGAUAAUCACCCAGCGGAGAGGAUUAUUAUUCCGUAAGCAAGCUCGGAUCGAGCGCGCGGGAGCCGCGGAUGAGUGAGAUGUGAUGCUGGGUGCAGGAAUGACAGCUGCUGAAUGGGGGAGCAGAGAGCACCUAUAGGCGAGCUUGCGUGGAGACCGGCUUGAGUAGCCUCAAACCGACGACCGUGCCCGCGUCUCGCCGAGCACUCAGGCGCGUCCUCACUCUCCCUGCCCGCGUCUCCCAGCAUCCCGCACCGGAUCCCAGCGACAUUAACCUCCCUUUUGUUUAGUUUUUUGUUUUUUUUCUUCAAACGACAGAUUAUCGGAGUCUUGGCGGAAACGCGGGGAGCUCAUGUGGAGACCAGAUGAGUGCGCAACGCGGCGGUGCGCCGGUUUGACGGCGCGUUUUCCACGCUCACAGCUCUGCCCCGGCGGAUCCGCGGCGGACACCGGAUCGCUGUAGGUGACGGGCAGCCACCGGUCGAGCACCCGCUCCGGGUCUCUCCGUGCAAACUCAACGGGAACUCAAGUGAAACGCCUCGCUUUGCCCUGCCACCACUCCUGGAGCCCCGCGGCGCGGCCAGCCUUGCACGGUGCAAGACCAUAAAAAAAGAAGAAAAAAAAAAAGAAAAGUGGAUAUGAUUUCUUGUUCAGUCUGACAGUUGAUCCGACCGGGAGGAGGAUUAUUUGACAUAUUAUUCGCCGUGUGGAGUUCUCCACCUGGCUCGACAAGGUGGGGGAGAUAACCAUAGGAGAAAAAUAGCCUCCAUCUACCCCGUAGAGGAGGAGGUGGAGGAAGAGGAGGAGGAGGAGGAGGAGAGGGAGACGCGCAGGUCUUUGGAUCCAUCUCCCCGGGCCAUCUCUCUCUUUUCAGUCCAUCUGACAGUCACCGAAAUGUACCUUCAUGACGAGUCUAAAUAAAUCCAAGCACACCAGCUAGAGUUGCCCUGUUCCCAGUGGAGGAUAAUGGAACGGCUGUGGUUCUCUCUGCUGUUGCUGGCAGCAGCGUGCAGGGGACAGCCGUGUCCGAAACGCUGUAUGUGCCAGAGCCUUUCUCCGUCACUUGCUAUCCUCUGCUCCAAGACAGGCUUGCUCUUUGUUCCUGCUGCCAUCGACCGUCGCACCGUGGAGCUACGUCUUCAAGAGAACUUUAUUACAGCUGUCCGAAAAAAGGACUUUGCAAACAUGACCAGCCUGCUACAUCUGACCCUGUCCAGAAACACCAUCAGUCAGAUUCUCCCCUCAGCUUUCAGUGACCUGCGGAGACUGCGAGCACUCCACCUAGACUCGAACAGAUUAACUGUGAUCAAGGAUGAACAUUUCAAAGGCCUGACCAACCUUCGCCACUUGAUCCUGGCCAACAACCAGCUGCACUCCAUAUCUCCUCAUGCCUUUGAUGACUUCCUGUCAACACUAGAGGAUCUCGACCUCAGUUACAACAACCUUGACCAAGUGCCCUGGGACACAAUUGGGCGCCUCACCAAUGUCAACACCCUAAACAUGGAUCAUAACCUCAUAGAAAAUGUUCCCCAAGGGGUAUUCACCAACCUGCACAAACUUGCAAGGCUAGACAUGACAUCCAACAAGCUGAAGAAAAUUCCCCCGGACCCGUUGUUCCUGAGAAUCCCAGUUUAUGCCAAGUCGAAAGGCUCCCCGCUCUCCUCCCUGGUGUUGAGUUUUGGUGGCAACCCCCUUCACUGUAACUGUGAACUUCUGUGGUUGAGAAGACUGACCAGAGAAGACGACCUUGAGACAUGCGCCUCCCCCCCUGACCUCAGUGCCAAGUACUUCUGGACAAUACCUGAAGAGGAGUUUAUCUGUGACCCACCAGUUCUGACCCGCAAGUCACCUCAUACAGUGGCUAUGGAGGGCCAGCCCGCCAGCCUGAAGUGCAAAGCAAAUGGUGACCCAGAGCCUGAAGUCCACUGGAUCAGCCCUGAAGGACGGCUUAUAUCUAAUGGCUCCAGAACAUUGGUUUUCCCUAACGGAAGUCUGGAGAUCAAUGUAACCUCCCUGAAGGAUUCAGGAAACUUCACCUGCAUCGCCUCCAAUGCAGCAGGUGAAUCCACAGGAAGGGUAGAACUAGUCGUCACGGCAAUGCCCCAUCUGGCGAACAGCACAAGCCGCAGCCGAGAUCCGUCCUCUGACCCUGCCCCAUCUGACAUCCUGACCUCCUCGAAAGUUGCUCUGCCUAACAAUGAAACAAGAGGGGCAGACCGGAGGGUCUCAUUGGUGGAACUGACAGGAAACUCUGCCCUCAUCAGAUGGAGCAGUCAGACUCCAACAUCUGGAGUCAGGAUGUUCCAGGUCCAGUACAACAGCUCUGGGGAUGAUGCACUGGUUUACAGGAUGAUUCCAUCAAGUAGCAAUGACUUCCUGGUUCGGGACCUCGCCGCUGGACGCAGCUACGAUCUUUGUGUCCUGGCCGUGUUUGAUGACGUCGUCACAUCACUGACUGCCACACGCCCUUUGGGCUGUCUGUCAUUCACCACGGACACGGAGUUCAGCCAGUGCCAAGCUUUGCACAGCCACUUCCUAGGUGGUACUAUGAUCAUCAUCAUUGGAGGGAUUAUUGUCGCCUCUGUGCUGGUCUUUAUUAUCAUCUUAAUGAUACGAUACAAAGUUUACAGCAACCAAGGGACAGGCCAUGGAAAAGCAGCCAUUGCUGCAACUGCGGCGAGGCCGCAGAGCAACGGACAAGGAGGAGGUGGGCAGGUCCAAGUCCUCCCUCGCUCUGCCUCAAAAAUGCCUGACAGUCAGGACGACCAAGUUCUUUCGCCGUCCAGGGCGAUGUCGCCUAGCAACACUCUGAGAGACACUGUGGCAUUGGUCGAGGAGGAGAGCAGCGGACGGAGCAUAAUGACAAGGACUGACUCCUCGGCCAAUGAGGAGUUGCUCUCGCCCACCAAGGCCCGUUUCUCCUCCAGGGUCGCCAUUGAGAUGAAAAGCAGACCGCCAUCUGUCGCCAAAGAGCCCACCUCUCCCAAGGAACUGGCAGAACCCUGAUGUUGUCGUUCUGAGUGGCAGAUGUGGAGAGUCACCACCAGGGACGAGCUGGUGAAAACUCUGAAGAAAAAAAAAAAGGCCCUAUAGCUCCUUCCCUAGUAUCUCCUGUUUACUGUACCCAUUACUUUGUUUCCAUGGAUAUCAUGGGGUCAUGGACCUGUACCGUCUGGUUUACGUUCAACUGCUAAUCUUGGUUUCUCGUGUCUGGAUCUGACGGCCGUGUCAAGACCCGGUGUCUGUUGCUGCGGGAUUAUGCCUGUCGACGUGAUCAUCAUCAAAUGUUCCACUUUGAAAAGAGUUUUAUAUCAGCGUGCACACGGAGACAGUGGAUGUAGAUAAUUGAAACAGCGAGACACAGAGAGCCAUAUGGAUGUGUCGGAUAAUAAGAAGGAACUUUUGGCCAUCCGGCGCAGCAUCAACAUGCACGGACAGAUCCCCAAGUGGAUGGUUAAAAAAAAAAAAAAAACAAGCAAACAAACAAAAAAAAACCACAAACAGUAGAAGUUGGAUGCAUAGAUAAUCACACUCUACCUGGAUUAACACCAUGUCAGACUGCACAAACAGAAAGGGGAAUAAUGUCCGACAGAAAAACGUCCGGAUGGUCUUGAUCAUGAACAUGUCUUACAUACUGUGACUCACUGACGCUGGAUUUUAAUCCUGACUGGACACCCAAUCAUAAGUCUGUUUCUGGGAAGCACAAAGCGUGUACAGGGGGACUUACUUGAACUGGUUUGACCCGGAGAGAACCUGCAUAAACCUGGACCCAGUGGAGCCUGAGUUAGACUACACUGCUAAAAGGACUCAGACUGAUCUGAUGAGAACUAAAGCAGACUAUCCGUUUCCAAUGGUCCGAUCUGUGUUUUUCCCACUCCGUCUGCACUCCACUGGAUGGGACCUGGCGAGGACCUUGUGGACCUCAACCUUCUCAACAUCUCUCCAGGCCCACUUAAACAGACCCAGCGAUCAGGAUGAAAGCCACGUCCGACGUCGAGAAGGAAACAGAUAAACAGACAGAAGUGGGGACAAAAGUAAAGUAGCAGGGUAUCGGUUUGCCAAAUUGCAUCAAUUUCGGUCUUCAUCCUCACUGAUGUCACCACCCGACGAUUUCAUCCCAAUCAUCGUCAUUACUGUCAACACUGAAUACGUUUACAUGUCCUGAGUUCUACACUGAAACAAAAACAAAGAAUUACUUAAAUGUGAAGAAACCUGCUGUAUGACUGUAUAUGACUGCACCACCUGCAUUGGUAACACCUUGACUGUAGUCAUCGAGGGCCUUUGCACGUCUUCAUUAGCACACGCUCAUUACCUCCAAGGAGUGCGUUUACGUGCACACAGCGUGAUCGAUGAUAUCUCAGUGUUCUACUUUACGUGUGUCUGGCAGAUAUCCCUUUACAGUAUAUUAAUCAUCGGAACAACACAGGUGAUCUGUACUAGCAUCUCUCAACAUCGUGCUUAAGGCUUUUACCCAGACACCAUGCGGGUUAUUGUAAAUGGGACGGGCGCUAUCUCAGAUAUGUACUAUCUAUAUGUGUGUGCACGUAAUUACAGCCUCCGUCAUUAUCAUCAUUAUCGUCAUGAUUGUCACGGUUCCUUGUAGGGAUGCAAGUUCUGGCAGAAGAGCAAACAGACAGAGAACCUUCAAACCUUUUGACCCAUACCGCAAGAAACACACACACCCCUAAAAAAAGGACACAAACGCUUCGUCUUCACUUUCUCCUUCUGUGUUCCCCCUUACUUUUUUUUCUUUUGGGCUUUAUCUUUUGUAUGUGUACAUAAAGCAAUUUCAAAUCUUAUAGUUUUGUACAUGUAAUUUUUAUGGUGUGUGGAAAUUUCUCUAAUAAAAUAAAACAAAAAUGGAUGACUUUCUCCAAGACUGGCUGCCUUGUUUCUUUUCUUUUUUUUUUUUUUUUCCUGUAGUUGCACUGCCAGAAAACUUAUGAUUAAAGCACUGUGUAUCAUUUUCAAGUUGUAAACAAAGUUAGCAACUUUCAGUGAGGGCGAGGGUGCACACUGUAGACAACAGGUUUAAAAGACGCUGAGGGUAAGUUCAGGCUUCUCUACCACACUGUACCGCUAAAUUAUAACUUUGAAAUGUGUAAAUUAAUGUAGUCAAGGUGUGUGUUGUGGGUGGACUCGAAGGCAUAAUCAUUUGGAUAAGUAUAGAA